UUUUCCUGCCACUGAGCAAACCAUCAUUUAUAGCGGUAAAAAUGCCUGGAAACGCACUUACUCCAUCAUUGGCUACUCAGCCCAAACCAGAGACAGGGUCAUCCUUUGACAUCAUUGUCGUUGGUGGAGGCGUAUUAGGAACGGCCUUUUCGACAACAUUUGGUAAACAAGGAAGACGUGUUUUGAUGAUAGAGCGUGACCUGAGCGAACCUGACCGCAUUGUCGGCGAAUUGCUCCAACCCGGCGGAUACGAUGCGCUAAAAGAACUUGGACUUACUAACUGCUUGGAGGACAUUGAUGCCAAACCAACAAAUGGCUAUGGGAUCAUCUGCGGUACAGAUACAGUUCAUAUUCCUUAUACGAAUGAUCCUACCACGGGCAAACCUGUACAAGGCCGCGCAUUCCAUCAUGAUAGAUUCAUUCAAAAGCUCAGAACUGCAGCUGCACAGACACCCAACGUAUCAAUUGUGGAGGCAACAGUGAAUGAGAUCCUUUAUGAUGAGGAUGGUGUACGAGCAACUGGCGUUAGCUGCACAAUGAGAGCAAACAGCAUUGAUCUAUCGCCCAAAGGUAUACCAGCAUCGACCAUCACCACGAAGUACAAAUCUCCAAUCGUUGUCAUUGCAGAUGGAUGCUUUUCAAAGUUCCGCAAGCAAUAUAUCAACAAGGAAGUGAAGACAACUUCACAUUUUGUAGGCUUGAUCGUUAAAGAUAUCACUCUCCCCUUCCCAAACCAUGGCAAUGUCAUCUUGGCAACUCCAUCCCCAAUCCUGAUGUACCAGAUUUCUAAAACCGAAACUCGGAUACUCAUUGAUAUUCCAGAUACAAAAUUACCAUCGGCUUCUUCAGGCGCGCUUCGUUCCUAUAUUGAAACCAUAAUCACUCCACAGCUACCUAAAACAAUCCAAAAGGCAUUUCUUCAGGCUUUAAAGUCAGAACGCUUACGAUCCAUGCCCAACAGUUUUCUUCCACCUUCCACGAGUUCUGAACUGGGCAUCAUUGUUCUGGGGGAUGCCAUGAACAUGAGACAUCCCCUCACAGGAGGUGGCAUGACCGUGGCAUUGAAUGAUGUCCUCUAUCUGAGAGAUUUCUUAAAGGCUGAUGGGGUCCUGAAGGAUCAGGAGGUGACAAUGGUGCAGAUGGAACUAUUUUUCUGGAAGAGGAAAGAGUUGAGUGCGGUCAUUAACAUUCUCGCCGAGGCAUUAUACACAUUAUUUUCAGGAACAGACAAGAAUCUUUUGGCUCUUCGUCGUGGCUGCUUCAGCUACUUCCAGAUGGGCGGAGAGUGUAUCUCGGGGCCCGUAGGACUCUUGUCCGGUGUUAACCGCAGCCGUUCAAUGUUGAUCUCUCAUUUUUAUCGAGUCGCAUUCCACACAAUCUGGUUGCUCUUUCAUGACGCUGAAUCUGUUGCAGAGUUUCCACUGUUAAUAUUUAGGGCAAUUGGCAUCUUAUGGACUGCCAACGUUGUCUUCAUGCCUUUGCUCUGGUCUGAGUGCUGGGCAUGA